AUGAGCCGAUCAUUGAGCUGGUCUCGAACGGCCAAAUCCUCGCUGGCGAAGGUAAUUGCCCCCAUACCUGUGCGCACACAAUUGACUGACCGAGUACAGCAACAUGUCUCUCGUCCCAGUGACCCCACCACGGUGCGUCCGGCACAACCUCUCAAUCGCCGAGCCCAGCAGAUUGCCGAAUUCUCAGGCAGUAGCGACAGCCAAGAUCGCCUGGGCCACAGAGCAAAGGAGAAGUUACUCGACCGGGAAUUCUUCUUGAGCUUGCUGAGCUCUGCCUCGACUAAGCGCGAGGCCAAAUCGUACCUAGCUCGGCUUAAAGCCAGCCCUGCCAAACCGAGCCGAGACUCCACACCCGAAGCUCCGAAAGAAUCCGCCCCGGAACCUCUGCCAUCAGGUGUCAACCUGGGCUCCUUUUAUGGUGCUUCAAGGGCUGUUUACGAUAGCCCCGUGUUUCGACAAGAUACAACACCCACACCCAAGGCUCAAGAAUUACCCGAAAGACUACACUUGGCCCUCGUCAAAAUCACCACACCACAGCUACUCGAUGAUGCUGUGAUUACUGGUGUCGCCAAGACUCUGUCGCAGCUUGUGCGGCUAGGUAUGGCAUGCUGUGUGGUGGUGGAUCCUGGAAAUCUCAAUGGUGUUGCUGUGCGACGAACGGCCAUUGAGCAGGCAAAUCGGAUAUCCGCGGCAGUGGAUGAGCAGCCCGACUCAAAAUCUUUCCGUUUGGAUUCGGCUUUGUCUAUUUCUGACCGAGGGUCGGGCCAGCCCACAGUCCUCUCUCGGAAGGUGCUGUUAAGCGCACUUCGGGACGGCCAUGUCGUUUUUGUCCCUCCUAUCGCCUACAACGAAGACAACCCGCGAGCUGUCCCCGUGUCCGCUAAUGAUGCUGCACUUGCGCUCACAAAGGAAUUCGCGGGGCUGUCACUUCAUCCAGACCCGGAUGAGGAUCCAGCAAUCACCGUAGAGAGGAUCAAUACUCUGCAGAAAGAGGUCUCCUUGGACCGUGUCAUCGUUCUCGAUGCGCUUGGAGGUAUUCCUGCCUUUAAAGGCCCUCAAUCUUCUCAUGUUUUCAUCAACAUGGAGCAAGAGUUUGAUCAAAUCAAAGAAGAGCUCGAUCAAGCGCGAUCGUCGGUAAUUGAUAGAGACACUGAUCUCAAAAACCAGGCCAACCUCGAAGCCAGCCUUCCGAUCUUAGAGAGCAAUCCUAUCUCCAAAUUCGUCAAUCAGGAGGUAGCUUCGCCCGUUCAGCCUGGACAGCAUGGUAAAUUACCCGGCGCAGACAUGAUGGACAAGGACAAGGCAUUGGAUGGUCAUCUUGCAAAUCUCCGAUUCACCCAACAAGCCCUGGCUAUGCUUCCAUCGGCAUCUUCGGGUAUCAUCACAUCUCCACUUGAAGUGUCCCAUUCGGCUCGAGCACCCCAGGUCGCUAUAUCCGAUGUAUCAGCCGUUGGAACGCGACGACAACGCAAUCCUCUCAUCCACAACCUGUUAACCGACAAGCCCCUUCUCUCAUCAUCGUUACCCCCGGGUCGGCGCAGCACUUCAAGGAACGGCAUAUCCAACACUGUGAGCCCCGUAACAUCCCAUACGACUUUCGUCAAGCGUGGAAUGCCCCUUACCAUCCUACCGAACCCCUACACAAAGCCAUGGAAGGCCCACAUUCAGCCCAGACUGGGCUUGAAUGACCCAUCCAUCGACCUACCCCGCCUGGUCACUCUGAUCGAAGAUUCAUUCGAUCGCAAAUUAGAUGUCCAAGAUUAUCUCGACCGGGUGAACGAUCGCGUUGCCGGCGUCAUUGUUGCUGGCGAGUACGAAGGCGGCGCUAUUCUGACGUGGGAAACGCCGCCCGGCGUACCAGACGACGGGAGCGAAGCCAGCACUGCCCGUAUGGUCCCCUAUCUGGAUAAGUUCGCCGUCCUCAAGCGCAGUCAGGGCGCGGGUGGUGUCGCCGACGUGGUCUUCAAUGCGAUGGUGCGCACAUGUUUCCCCGACGGGGUCUGUUGGCGCAGUCGCAUGGACAAUCCCGUCAAUAAAUGGUACUUUGAGCGCUCCUCGGGUACCUGGAAGCUGGCAGACAGUAAUUGGACCAUGUUUUGGACAACCCCUGGUUUGGUGGAGAACUCUCAGCGUUUCCAGGAUUACGAGGCUGUAUGCCGAACCAUCCAGCCGAGCUGGGCGGACAACAAAAGCGUCAUUGACUGA